ACUCAAAGUCACCUCUGCUCCAGCAACUGCUGGCCAGAUCCGGCCAGGGACUCCCUCCCACUCCACAGCAGGAUCCAGGAACCGGUCCCUAUUGGGCAAUCAUUAAUCGGAUUCUUGGCAUUCCUCUGUCCCUGGCCAGCAUGCUCCCCACCAGAAAAGGAGCAGAGGCCCACGACUGGCAUUUGGAUAUGCAGCUGACCAGCAAGGUGGUGCUGUCCGCAGCUGCGCUGCUCCUGGUAACUGCGGCUUACAAACUCUACAAGUCCAGGCCUGCCCCAGCCCCGCACGCGGGAAGAAAGAAAGAGCGCCACAAAGCAGAAAAUGAAACAGAGGGCUUGGGACAACCUGCCUUCCAGGAGGCUCCACCGGGGACCCUGCCAAGGGGCCCAAGACGCAGGAAAGCCAGCAAAGGGGCUGGGUCCCCACUGGACUACAGCUUGGAGGAUCCGGAAGACUCCUGUAUCCCGGACACCCCCAGGUCUGAAGAGCCCACAAGAAAAGGCUCUGACGAAAGUCAGGACAGGCAGCGUCCAGACUCUCAGCAGGUGCCUCCUCCCUGCGGUGGCCAGGAAGCCGGAACAGCUGUUAGAGGUAAGCCCAACCCUCCCCACCCCCUUCAUUCUGGCUGUGAACCUACAAGCUCCCCAGACAGACUUAUCCCAGGAGUGGGUGGCAGCUGUGUGUGUGACAAUCUCUCUUCAUGGCCAGACAGCAGACCCCUAGAGGAAACUGGGUCUGGGGACCCGGAAGCCCCCAACUGUUGGACUGAUCCCAUGCUGGUCAACGGUGACAUGAACCAGAGCUGGAUCUUCACCCACAUGACAGGGGUCAGCAGGGGAGAGGCUGGGGCCCUCCAGGCUGCUGCAGACAUGGGCUUGGCCACGCAGCAGCAGGAAGGAGCCACCAGUGCUUCCCAUACCUUCUCAUCUGUGGCCCGCAUCCGGAUGGAGGAGAACGUGAUACAGAAGGCAGAGGGACCAGAGCUGAAAGGCAGAAUAUAUGACUACUUUGUGGAGUCCACGUCGAAGGCUGUCUCCAGACCAGUCCCCUGCACAGCAGCUCUGGCUGAUGCUGCUCCAUCCCCAGGGCCUGGACCAGAGCCCCUGGUCACAGGAGCAGCCACCAGAGACCAAGCUGAUAACACAGCCGGUGGUGCAUUGGAAGUAGCAUCCCCACAGCCUGUGACAACCCCCUCUGCGCCAGGCUUCGGCAGAAAGGUGAGCCUCUUGCAGAUCGCUGAGAACCCAGAGCUCCAACUGCAGCCUGAAGGCUUCAGGAUACCCCUUCCUGCCCACCUGGACCAGAGUGCCCAGCUCGGUUCAGACCGCAGCCACGGGGAGCCCCACGUGCAGCUUGUAGCUGGGACCAAUUUCUUCCACAUCCCUCUCACACCUGCUUCAGCUCUGGAUGUCCGCCUGGACCUGGGCAAUUGCUAUGAGAUGCUGACCUUGGCCAAGAGGCAGGGCCUAGAGGCCCUGAAGGAGGCAGCCUACAAGGUACUGAGUGAUAACUACCUUCAGGUCCUCCACAGCACAGACAUCUACGGGGGCCUGAGCGGAGCAGAGCGGGAACUGAUCCUCCAGCGCAGGUUCCGUGGCCACAAGUGCCUGGUGGUGGCAGACAUGUGUCCCCAGGAAGACAGUGGCCGACUCUGUUGCUAUGACAAUGUGCAGGAUGCCUGGCACCCGCUGGCCCAGCUGCCCCUGGAGGCCAUGUCCCGGGGUUGUGCUCUCUGUUCUCUAUUCAAUUAUCUCUUUGUGGUGUCUGGCUGCCAGGGACCUGCGGGCCAACCUUCCAACCGUGUCUUCUGCUACAACCCCCUGACGGCAAUCUGGAGUGAGGUGUGCCCACUGAACCAGGCCCGUCCUCACUGCCGGCUGGUGGCCCUGGAGGGGUACCUCUACGCCAUUGGAGGUGAGUGUCUGAACACCGUGGAGCGUUACGACCCUCGCCUGGACCGCUGGACCUUUGCCCCGCCGCUCCCAAAUGACACAUUUGCCCUGGCGCACACAGCCACGGUGUGCGCCAAUGAGAUCUUUGUCACUGGGGGCAGCCUGCGCUACUUGUUGCUCCGAUUCUCGGCCCAGGAACAGCGUUGGUGGGCCGGCCCCACAGCGGGCAGCAAGGACCGCACGGCCGAGAUGGUGGCUGUCAAUGGCUUCCUCUACCGUUUUGACCUCAACCGCAGCCUGGGCAUCAGCGUGUACCGCUGCAAUGCCAGCACACGGCUCUGGUAUGAGUGUGCCACGUACCGCUUGCCUUACCCCGAUGCCUUCCAGUGCGCCGUGGUGGACGAUCGUAUCUAUUGUGUGGGACGCAGGCGCACACUCUGCUUCCUGGCGGACCACAUCUCGCCCAGUGUUGGGGAUCAAACUCCGGACCUCUAGCACCCUGGGCCACCACAACUGUGCUCUAUCUCCUUAUUUACCUCUCAAAACAGCUCUGUAGACCAGACACUGUAGUGUUCUACAGCUUAGGAAACCCAACACAGAAAACUGAA